GAUGAAACCGUGAACAGCCGAGAUACUUCGAGAGCAUGGUUAAAUACAGUAUGCCGUGCAGAACGGUGCAGGAACCAGGAACUGAAACCACUAGGCGCCCCCACAAGUGGUAAUACAAUUGUUCGUAUUCCAUUCUUGAUUAAACCUAUGAUUCAACCCGUUUCUAUAAAAUAGUAUUUUCUUUAACACAGUAAAUAACCGUCUGGCGAAUUAUAUAUUCGACCCGACCAACAUUCUAAUAAGAAUGGCGAAUAUUGUAGCCAUGAGACUGCUGUGUAUAACUCGUCAGAUGCCACUCAAUUCAUUAUUUUGCGGAUCAAGAAGAUGGACUCAAUCUGGAGGCUCUAAACCCUCUUCUAGCCCUGCACUAAAUGCCCCAGGCUUAAGUCAAGCUUGCAUUUUGCCAGCAUCUGGAGAGGUAGGACCAGGAGCAUCCAAGGAUGGAAAUUACAAGAAUCCGGAAUACUUUUUAUACCACAAUACGUCCUACUUUGAAGCAGAAAUUGAAAUGGCCAAAUUCAGGUUGCCACAACCUUCUAGCAAAAAAAGUAAAAACUAAAUAGAAUUUGGUUUUGAAUAAAAAUUUAAAUACACAAAUGCAAGUAGCCCAGCAAGAAAUUAACCUGUUUUAUCUGAGAAUAAAUUUGUUGUAAAUAAAUGUAAAAUGGAAAUAAAUAGUUGUAGAUAUUGUAACAUAAAAUACUUG